AUGGAGCGUUACACAGACGAGGAACAAACUGAGGAUUACCUCUUCAAGAUUGUUUUGGUUGGUGAUUCAGCUGUUGGUAAAUCAAAUUUGCUGGCUAGAUUUGCUAGAGAUGAGUUUUACCCUAAUUCAAAAUCAACUAUUGGAGUAGAGUUUCAGACUCAGAAGAUGAAUAUUAAUGGGAAAGAAGUCAAGGCUCAGAUAUGGGACACAGCAGGUCAGGAGCGGUUCAGGGCUGUUACAUCUGCAUAUUAUAGAGGUGCAGUUGGAGCUCUUCUGGUCUACGACAUCAGUCGACGCCAGACCUUUGAUAGCAUUGGCAGAUGGCUUAAUGAACUUCACACUCAUUCUGACAUGAACGUAGUUACAAUACUUGUUGGAAAUAAGUCCGACCUCAAAGAUGCUCGGGAGGUCACAACUGCUGAAGGCAAGGAUUUGGCUGAGGCACAAGGCCUGUUCUUCAUUGAAACUUCAGCUCUAGAUUCCUCCAAUGUUGCUGUUGCUUUUCAGACGGUAGUCAAAGAGAUUUACAACAUUUUAAGUCGGAAGGUUAUUCAAUCUCAAGAACUCAAACGCAAAGAUCCUGGCUGGAUGGCAGAUGGGAAAACUGUAGUUUUACAGGCUGAGGGUACACAAGAAGUGGAUGGACAUGCGAAGAACGGUUGCUGUUGA